CAAACUUGUUGGAAGCUCAGGAUAUUUUUCGGUGUUAUUAAAUUUUGAUGCACUAAUAUGUAAAAACAUCGAACAUGUGGCUACUUACUACUCAGAACUAGUGAGUAAAAAUGGCAUUGAAGGCACAGCUGCCAGAGUUGCGCUGCUUGGAACCGGAGAAUUACCGCAAGUUCUUUCGGACACUAUGUUGGAGUACCACGAGGAAAGUGGACAAGAGAGGUUCCAAGAAGAUUGGCAAGAAAGAAAAGCUUCGGCGUCAGAAGGCUGCUAACAUCGUGCCUAUGUGCCAUGCUCCAGCAUUGCUCGGAAACCCUUCACAUUUUGCAGUAUUUGCCACCGUCCGACGCGCCGUCCUGUCUCGCUGGCGAUACCUUCAGGGAGCUGUGGUCGAUCUCUCGGAUGACAGUGAAAAUGAAGAGGCUUCUGCACAGCUGCCUGUAUCCAAACUGCCUAAGGUGACUGGCAUAGGUUUGAGGACUGUCUUUGCUCUCAUAUCCCAGGCCAGGCUGGCGCAUCCGUCGUUCUGCGAGCAGGCACUGAAGUCCCUGCUGGACGUGCUGCAAGGGCUCCCGCCUGAAGAGCUGUCACAGGAACCUAGUGAUAUAAUAACGAGUCUCCAAAACGUCCUAGUGGAGGUGGCUAGCGGUAAUAGCUCCGGCGGGAGAAUGGAAUCCCCUUCCUCCCUCACAGCCUUGGGGUGCGCAUGUCUAGUUGCCCUGGCCGUCGCUAGGGGGGAAUCAGAACUUAUACUCCACACCGUCGCCGAACUCAUCAUGGCCGCUCCCGUACUGGCGGAACAAUACGUCCAGAUUCCAUUAAACCUGACAUACCUACAACGCAGUGUUCAGUCUGCGAUUCUCGGCAAGCCAUCCUGCAACCAAUGGCUCAACUACGGGGUGCCACACCAAUCCUUGGUGUCCAGCUUUCCCGUGGACCUCCAUCCGUAUAUAUCAUCAGAAAUAGUUGUUAAGUCAUUGACCUCGGAUGGAUGCUACCUUUAUGUGUUAACAUCAAAAGGUUUACUGAAAAUCGGAUCGGGAUAUGGAAGUUCUAUCAGGCAACACGUUUAUUUAUACAAACCUGACUUUUUCUCCACUGAUCGGCAUGGAUGGAUAGGUUAUUGUAAGAACAAGCUGUAUGUAAGGAUGGGAAGAAGGAAGACUGAGAUACACGAAGUGGACGUGAACACGCUGGAAGUGAAGGCGACUUUGAAAUUGGAGAACGGGCCGGGGGCUCAUGACUAUGUGGACCACAAGUCAGCCAUGUUCACUGAUGGAAAGGAGUUGGGGCUUAUUCUCUACAGUAGCUAUGACACUAUGCUGAUUCGUCUGUUUGACGUUGAGAGCCCUCGUGAGGAAGGCACGCCAACACCUAUGAACGAUUAUCGUGAAAUAUCAGUCCAUUUACUUAGGAGACACGUCUUGAUCUUCGGAAGGUCGCCAUUUGAAGACGGAUUUUCCCGAAGGAAUAUGGACCCGGACGCGGCGAUGGCUGUUCAGAUGGAAGACGAUGAAGAUGACCCACUGAUGGGCAUCUGUGCCGGGCAGGACUUCUGCCUGCUCAACACCAUCACAGGCAGGGUAUAUUACACGGGCAAAGGCGCAAGUCUAGGUUACAAGACUUCGUCCCCCAUCACCAGCCGAUGGGCCUUGAUGAAGGAGACUGUCUUCACCAGAAACGACUUGCCCAACCUCAAGAAAGGGAGGGUCAUGAAUGUGGCGGUUGGUCACGAAGGAGUCCAUGCUAUUCUAGUGAUGGACAACGGGGUAGCCUUAUUUGCGGGGGUGUCGCGACGCGGGGAAGACGGGGAUAUCAGUAAACACCGACGCACCCCUAAACCCACCAGGCCUAAGAAGAUUUUCAAGGCUGAAAAUCACUUUAUAAUCUACGCCGCCUGUAACUACGGGUCCACAGCGCUGGUGACAAAGAAAGGCGCUCUUCUCAUGUUUGGCAAAGACACGCAGCACUGCGACCCCUCAGGGGAAGUCGUUGGCUUGCGGCAUGAGAAAGUUUCUUCGGUUGCUUUGGGAAAAGCUCAUGCCGUUGUGUUGACCCACCAAGGCCUUGUCUACACCUUCGGCAUCAACAACAAAGGCCAGUGUGGCAGGGACUUCGGGUAUACUAAAGAGAAAUCUUCCGCCCGCCAGAACAAAGAAGAUACCCGCCUUUGCACGCGGCACACGUGGGCUUCCGACUACUGCCGCAUUUGUGUCGUCUGUCGAGAAUGCACUGGCUUCUCCAAUGCUUGCCAUCUGUCCCAGCUACCCAACAGAUUGCCGGGAGAGAAAUGUGGGUGCGGCGAAGGCGACAGCGGGUGUAGCACUUGCGGAGUUUGCCGCCAAUGCGUGGAGACCUUCGCGGCUACUUCUGGCGCAGAGAAGACUACGGACCUCGAUGAUAACGGCGAGUCUUCCUCCAUGCCUGAUCCCAGGAGCGGCGAAGACAAGGAGAACGUCCGGUACCCGCAAUUCGAUACAGCGACCAACAUGGACGCGGAACGGGAGGCUAACGUGUACGUGAGCUGUCUUCCUCCAGCCAAGGUUUCUAUUCCUGGAGGACAUCGGAUUACCGCCAUCGCCGCUGGGCUGCAUCACACCGUACUCCUCACUGAACACGGUGAAGUGCUAACUUUCGGCUCGAACCAAUUCGGGCAACUAGGCGCAGGAGACAUAGCAGCUCACCACAAGAUAGUCGAUGUUCGAUUACCGCGCUGCAUUUCUAUAGCGGCCGGCAGUAACCACACGGUGGCACUCACGAGGGACGGAGAAGUGUUCACGUUUGGAAAUCAUCAGAAAGGGGCUUUGGGUCGCCCUCGCAUAGAAGAAACCACAUGUAAAGACCGCACGACCAUCUGGUAUGCAAUGCCCGGCCGAAUACCACGCAUGGGUCCACGGUAUACCACUAAAGGAGUCAUGAUCCAGGCCUCAGGCGACCAGACCUUUGUACAAGUCUCACAAUGUGUCAUCAAGCCGGAUUUCCUGUUCAGUUCCACUAUCUUGGCCAACCAGAAGAGCAUAAUGAUUCUCCCAAACAAGCCGGAACAUACCUUCAAAUGUAUAACAAUUAGUCGCAAAGACACAUCUUGCCUCUCUUGGACGGGCCCCGAACAAGUAGAUUUCGUCAACACCGUGGCUUGCAUCGAUCCCUUAUAUGACGUCAUAUGGAGCUACCAACCGCAAAUGCGAGUCAUGAAAUGCUACAACAUACUCGCAUACGAUUCGACUAAAUCGCAAAGAUGUGCUAGCAAUACAAUAGAUCCAUAUUCGGCUGAUGCCGAUUACGAGUACCCCAACUACGGGACGAUGAAGCGUUUAGAGGACUUCAAGAAUUUGGAGACUUUCGACUUGAAGUCGGACAAUGAAAAGACGGUUGAUAAUGUGGCGUUGACGAAUGUGUCGGUUUUAAAUCAGGAACUGGCAAUUCCAUCGGCGCGUGGGCACGCGGUCACUAGAAUGCAUGUGGCUUUGCAUUUGUUGGGCUGUUUGGACUCCCUUACUUAUGCUCAUGAUACCAAAUUGAACCAAUCAGAAUCGAAGCGAGAGAACAGUUCCUCACCAAUAGCGCCCAUCAAAGAGGACUUCCUCACUGUGAACCGUUUCGAAAGCCACGGCGGAGGUUGGGGGUACUCUGGACACUCCGUAGAAGCUAUACGGUUCAUGUGCGACACUGACAUUGUUUUAGGUGGUUUUGGGCUGUUCGGUGGUCGCGGCGACUACACUGCCAAGAUCAAGUUGUUCGACAUCGGCCCCGACGGCGGUGACCAGGAAGGCGACGGUGACCUCUUGGCCGAGAGCGACGAGGUCAUGUACGAGUGCGCGCCCAGGGAUCGCUUCCCCGUGCUCUUGACUCAGCCGGUACAGAUAGCGGCGAACCGAUGGUACGUUGCAUGGGCAUGCAUCAACGGGCCGUCUUCUGAUUGCGGCUCGUCAGGCCAAGCAAUGGUUAUCAACGACGAAAUCGGCUUCCACUUUAAGACCUCGAAGAAGUCCAACAACGGCACCGAUGUCAAUGCCGGCCAGAUUCCUUGCCUCCUUUACAACAUCGUUGGACCUGACCAUGCCGUAACAGUGAGAUGCGUCGAUCUCGGAGAACCAAUCAUAGCUCUAUCCAAAAACCUAUCCAGAAAAGUCACCGUCCCGUGUUUCAAAUCCUUGAUCACCCUGUUGCAAUGGAGCUGGACAACUUUCAGGGAGAUUCUUCUAGAAACUAACGGACUAGUGCCGAUUACUAUUGAGAAGUUGGCAGUGAUGAAACACCAGAAGCGGCUAGUUUACAUCAUACGCGCGAGUUUACGAUUGGUGAAGUCGUACAUAGUUGAGAUAUAUCCCCAGCAGAACAAGAAACGGAAUUCUCACGAGUACAUGUCUUUCUUUGAGGCUAUAGCGGAGACAAGGAAUUUUAUUCAGAGCAUGAUGAGAGAGUUGACUCCAUCUUGUUCUAUGCUCGCGGGCAGGCCUCGAAGCAGGCAUAGGAUAUGUUACGUACAGUUCGCUUUAGAGAUGACGACUUCAGUACUGAAAGAAGCUCAUGAUACGAUCACGACAUGCUUCCACGCGUUCUUCCCAACGCCUACACUCAAAUGGACACAUCUUUGCUCCCUGCUGUAUUAUGUUAGGGAUGGUGCGGUGCCUGCUCAAUUCGUGCGUGAAUUGACCGCCGUCUGCGCAGCAAUGUGUGGGGCUAGAAGCUUGCGAGAUGUGUUACACUAUGUUGUUCCGGUCACGCAGAGUUUCUUGCUACGAGGCGGACCUGAUGAUCGGCUUCAUGACAGACAGGAGCGCAACCACACAGACUGGCACCUUCUGGACGUGAUCCCCAAACUGCUGGACAUCGUGUUAAUGCCGAUCAAAGAACACAUGAUGAUGAGAACUUGUGGCCAGCCGCAUGACCAUGGAGAGUUGUUGCAACAACAACGAUUGUCAGAGUUCUGUUGCAAGCUGGUCGCGAGGACUAUAGCCGAGUUAGCGCACCAGGCCACUGAUGUAAAGGAGGAGAAAGACACUCACACUGUGAAGCACCUGGUGACACCCACUCGCUUCAUGCGUGUGAAUCAGAAACGCGCUUGGAACACUGGCAAUGGCAGUCCGGACGCUAUUUGCUUUACCGUCGACCGCCCGGGAGUCGUAUUGGUGGGGGCUUGUGUGUAUAGUGGCAUAGGCAACUUCGAGUAUACGCUCGAGUUACUGCAAGAUUUAAGGUUGAGGGCAACGGCCGAGGAGUCAGACCCUGGCUAUUGCUGGGUGAGUGUGGAGGUCGCCCACGGGACCUUCCAGUCCUCAGACUGCCAACAUGACAUGGUGCAGAUCAAGUUUGACAGGCCCGUACCGCUGAAGGAAGAUCUCCGCUAUGCCAUUCGUCUUUGCAACCAAGGCGGGCGUACUUCCAACGGCGACUGUGGCCUUCCCUCGGUGAAAGGCCCAGAUGGCACUACCUUCAAGUUCUCGUCGUGCUCGCUUAGUUUCAACGGCACUACCCUGGCCAGGGGACAGAUACCCUGCUUAGUGUAUUAUGGCACGAGGGGGUCCCAGAAUUCCUCCGACAGCCCGGACGCUCUAAUAUCGGCUCUCCGAAGCAUUACCCUCCGAGUUGCUUCCAUCGUAGUAGAAAGAGGCGCUGAACUAUUCAGUUCUCUGAGGAACCAACUCUCAGCUGAAGACCUGAGGAGGAAUGCUUCCGUGCUUCAGCAUUCCCCGGUUAUAAAUACGCUGUUGCCAUACACUGUCGCUAGUUUGGAGGCUUUGGAUGAUUCCAAGAGCGUUAUAAAAAUUCUCGAAAUGAUCCGCAAGUUGCUGCCCCACGUGACAGCCAUGAACUUGCUGCUUCCACCUGCCGAGGAACUGGGCACAACUACCACCCAUUACUACACUUGGGUAGAAAGCGACCAUCCCUACAAGCCCGCUUCGGUGUCUAACAUGCGGGUAUUGUUCCCCACGAGCGUAUCAUGGGUAGUUCUGGAGAUGGAUCCUCGUUCCCUGACUGCGCAACCAGAGGAUUCCCUGACUGUGUUCGCAUCAGCCGGCGUUCCUCAGAACAAAUGCCAGAACCAGUACGAUAUGCGACUACUAGAACCACCCUUUAAGAAGCGCCUCGUACAAGCGUCAUCGGAGAGUGGAGAACUUGAGGAAGUGGUAGACGAAGGCGAGUCGGAAAUACCGUGCAUGCACUACAACUGUACUUACUACAGUGUCACUCCUAAACUCGCUAAUGUCCCAACUGAUUGGCCACAGAAAGCCUUGAUCAUCCCCGGGAACGAAGUUAUUUUCUCUCUAGAGACGGCUUCAGACUACUUGAAUGAAUACAACAAAUCAGACAACGAGGACAACCAUUACGGCUUCCGAUGCCUCUGUGUGGGCUACGAGGACGCUCCGUUCACAGUUCAGAGACAAGGCCUGGUGGCCUUGGAGAUGGAACUCAUGUUCUCUGGUGCAAGUUGUGCGGCAAGACUUCUCGCACCGGAUUUAGACAUGCCUCCGCUUAGCUUCGCCACUAUAAUCGAGGUCCAACUCCUUGCCGUUAUGGGCUCGACCCCCGUCGCUGGAGAGGCUGAGAACCAGCAGGACAACAGCGAAGCCCUUAUGUUGGCCCGGGGCUUGGAUAUCACUUCGCAACCCACCGUCCAUCAGGUUCUGGACGGCGAGCCGCUCCUUCGAUGCAUUACAACGGAGAGGCAGUUCCUGUCGGACUUCGUAUGUGGAGUAGAGAACACUGCCGGUGGCCGUUUAGCACAUUGGCUUUCGCCAGUCUCAUGUGUGGAGCCAUCCCGCUGCGAGAUGAAGGCGCCGUCCGCCCCCCCGCGCCCCUCCGCCCGAACGACCCUGCCAAUCCUCAUCCGCGACCAGUACGGGGAACUGGUAUCCAGCCCCAACCUCAAGGUUGAGGUGGUGGUUCAGCGGCUGGAGGAGGCGACCGCUCGCCACCGUCGCCCCUCCGAGAGCCGCGCGGGCACUCUGCCCGACGCCAAGUACCAACCCCAAUGUCGAGACACCAUGCGGUACCAAGCCAUCACCGUACAGCCAGAGUACCAGAAGUACUCCUUCGAAGAACUCCGAUACCUGAGCCAAUGGGAGGUGGUGACCGGUGGCGCUUUCGUGUCGAGCGGUCGCGUACCCACCGAGAGGCUGCCCGUGCGCGCGCAGCCCGACGGGAGCUACGUCGCCGCCUGGACGCCUCGCGCCGCCGGACUCUACUUGUUCCGGUGCACCUUGGACGACCAGCCAGCCCCUCAAGAACUGACCCUCGAAGUUCUCGAGAGCGGCUUGCCCGGGGCGGAGAGUGCAGUUCAGCCAGUCGCCGGUCCAGUGUUACCCCCUCCACCGCCGAAACUUCGUCGCUUCAUAGCCAGGUUCACCGCCGGCCUGCGCGUGAGAGCCAGUCCGAGUCUGCAGGCAGAGGAACUCGGGAAGGUUCCGCCAGGAGCCAGCAUAGCCAUCAUAGAAGAGGUGGUGAACAAGGACGGCACCUGGGUUCGUCUAACCGAGGAGGCGGCUCGGGUGUUCACGGAAGAGUCUGGUCGGAUCGCGUGGUGCAUUCAGCAUCAUCGCCACUUCGACCGCGUCAUGCUAGUGUCCACCGACUCCCCGACGACCGAGUACGGUCUAUGGACAGAGUUCGGGGACGUUCAAGCCGAGAUGCCGACAUGUAAUGAGGAUGAGCUGGACGUCGGCACCAGCGUUACUUGCCUCGACGACCGGAGGUUCCCUUUUGCUGUUCUAUCGGAUUUGACUAACGAGGUGCAGUGUGAACGCUCGUCCCGGCUAUACUCAUGCGGCGCCGAGCCGAGUAAGCGAGACAGAAUGCUUCGCAAUGAAACGUGCUCUUCACCCAGACGCAUGCAGCGCCGCAGUAACGGCAACAGUGACGAGUGGUCGUCGCCGUUGCACCAGCGGCCUGACAACCCCAGGGACGUCGAUACAAUCCCUGAGACUGAGAUAGAGCCAGAGCCACAAGGUACAGACGAAGAAGCUGAUUAUGAUAAAGAGGAGGACUCUGUCAGGGAAGCGGGGUGUGAAAGAGAAGCUGAUUGUGACAUCGAGGCGGAAUGUGACAGGGAGGCGGAAUUAGACGCGGAGGCGGACUUUACCAAGCAGGCGAAACAAGUAGUAGCGAGUUGUCACAGAGAGGUGGAAUGUGGUAGGAAGGUCGAUAAGGAGGUUGGUUGUCAGAAAGAGGCGGCCUUUGAAAUGGAUUGCGAUAUGGAGAUGGAUAGCGAAGUGUCAGGGAAAGCCAAGUCGAGUCGUAUGGCGCAAGCCGGCACACAGACUUCGCCUGAGCCUACUGAUUCACACGCCUGCCUACCAUCAACUAAGGAUAACCGCAUGAGCCCCAAAAGCAUGGCUCGCAUUCGCAUUGCCAACCGUUCGCUCCCGUACCGCCGCUCGGGUUCCCCGCCGCCGCUGCCCACGCGCAGCGCCCCCGCGCCGCCGCCGCCCAAGAAACAAGCCCUCAGUCCCGCUCAAGCGGAAUGCUUGAGGGCGAUAUUCGCAGCUUUGUUGUGGCACGAAGGCAUCGUCCACGAUGCGAUCGCAUGCGCUGCAUUCCUCAAGUUCCACCCUCAAUUACCAAAGCAGGGGGCUCGUGUGGUCACUCGCGCCUCUCACGACCUCUCUACACCCAGACAACAGAGGCAUUCGGUGGAAGUGUCCAACGCUGGCCAGUACCUCCGCAUUAAUGAAGCCACACUCGAGUCUUUGACUCGCUCUGGCGCCGAAGCCAGCGCAAGUCGUGCGCGUGCGCAUCUCUCCGGCACUAUAUCUGAGGAAGACACUGGACAAGCGGGCAGUAGUGGGUCAUCUUCAUCGGUAGUAAACGUGUUGCCUCCAGCUUUGCGUGCGCUCGUCGCGUUGUGGGACGCCAUGUACGACGCCGACCAACUAUCAUCCGCUACAGAUAAAAUCAGGAAAGACGACUCUGAAAAGAACGAGAACGAUGAACCGCGUGGUUUCAGUGGCAUCCGCAAGAAACGAGACUGGAAAUCCGUCUACAGGACACCAUAUUCAGGUUGUGUUGUGUCAGUACGGUGCGAGUUGUGCGGCGGGGCCAAUGUGCCGCCUCCCCUAGCGGCCCAUAUGAGACAUGCGCACCCUGGUUGCCGGGCUCCUUCAACACACGGCUACGAUCGCUCCGGCGCGUACAAACGGGCGGAUAACGCAGACGGAGCCGCGUGCGGACAGCUAGCACAAGCUCUUCAACUAUGGUACAUCUAUUGCGAGAAGUGUCGCGACAAGGCCUUGAAAACGGCGUCGUCGGUGAAACAAUGCAAGUUCAAGUCGUUCGGCGAGUCGAGCUCGGAAAGAUCGGAUCCGCUAUCAGAAGUAGAUCAUAACACGAUGAAGGAAAACGCUGUCUUCCUGUUAGACCUCGCACCACUAAAUGAUUCUGAAUCGGUGACCAACUCAUCUUGGAAUGAAGCAUCUGGGCGGAGUCCCCCGACCCCGCCCAACAGUGUAUGGCAGCCGGCUCCGCCAUUCCAAUGUCUCCAGGCCCUGGGGGCAGCCCCCAAGCCACAGGCUGAAACUACCCGCUAUCACUCUUUGGGAAGACCACCAACGGCGGCUACGGCUUCGCCCGCACCAUUCGCAUCUAUGUUGAACUCGGGCUCGACGUAUCCGCGGGUCCACCGUUCAGUUUCCAUGGGGCAGGAGACUGGGCGGGAUUUAGCUAACGCCGGCAGACAACCCCUCGCUACGAGAGCCCUGCCGGAUAAGCAGGAUACCCUCACAGGCGCCGGGUCAUCGCUUCUAGCGCAGCCCAGUGCGGCUCUUCAGAAACUGGUCGGUUGCGGUUCCCUAGCCUCAGAAGCCUGUGCCGUCUCAGCUUUUGAGCCAUCCAGGGUUGACCCUGAGGCACUCAUGAAGAGCGCUGUGUUGAACUUCGUGUUGGCAAGGAGGGACCUACAUGCAUACAGGCAGAAGAUGGAUGCCGCUGUAAGAAUCAACACCGUCAGACAGUAUGCAUUUGAGGCUUUGAAUUGGCUCCUCCGCUCAGCCACACAGCCUACGUGCGUACACGAUGUCAUGUGGUGGUUCUGCACCGCACUAGACAAGUACGCACGUAUAAUAACGCCACAGCAUGAUAACAAGGAAAACGAACCGUGCCGAUCGGGCAUGGUCCCCGCUACGGCGUCGGCCAGCGCGAUCUGCCCCGGCGGCAGAGCGGCCCGGGGCGCCAGGGCCGCGUUCCACGCGUUCUUGGGCUCCGUGUCCGCACUGGCCCCGGCCUUGGCCCCGGCGAGCCCCGCCGGGUUACAAGCUGUGCGGUGCUGGGCGUUGCAUUACUCGCCGGAUGAUCGCGCCUUCUUGCAUAGGUCCCAAGUGUUCAGCGUGAUCAGCAAGAUUCUCUCUCACGCCGAGGAUAACUACGACGAGGCAGCUCUGACCUUGCACGAUAGCUUCCAUAGCUUCCAUUCCAAGGAAUCUUACGCCUGGAGUUGCCCCGACGUGACGGGAUGGUGUGACAUCACGGUUUCGUCCCGUCAAGGAAUGGCCGGCGCCCUCACAGAUGGCAGCACUGAAACCUUUUGGGAGUCGGGAGACGAGGACCGGAACAAGGCCAAGUGGAUCCAGGUCUCGUACCCUGGAGGCACCAUCGAAGAUCGCCCGCAUGUCAUCUGCAUACACAUUGAUAACACUCGAGAUACUGUGAACAAAACCCUCCUGAUAUCGUUCCUGUACGCGGGCGGCUCUAGUGAAAUGUUCCACAUGCAAGACAUCGAGGUGGACCCCAAGGCGGCCACGUGGCUCUGUUACACUUUGCCAAAACUAACGUGCGCGUCCGUGCGCGUUCGCUGCGAACUCCGCGGGCCGGAGCCGGCAGUUCGCGUUCGGCAAGUGCGCGUAUUGGCCGCCCCCGCCCCCGCUCCCCCCACCCCCUCUAGCCCCGCCCACGUGCUACACAAGUUGUCUGAGAGCGAUACGUUGCGAGUAUUCCGACUGUUGACGUCACAGGUAUUUGGAAAACUCUUGGAAUGGGAACAACGCAAUGGAAGCGAAUCCGGAGCCGAAGCAGCCGGCGGAGAAGAACCUGUAGCCGAUGAUAGCGACCUACGGGAACAUGUGGUCGGGAUCCUGUUCGCGGGGCAUAAGCUCACGUCUCUUCAGAGGCAGGUGAUGUCUCACAUUGUGCUCGCUAUUGGCUGCGAAGCGACCCGCGUCCGCGACGACUGGGAGACUGCUUUGCUCUGUGCCGAGGCGGCCGAGCGCGCCGAACAUAAAGACCCGGCAGUCAAUGAACCCGUGGCGCAGUUCCACUACCAGGACAAUUAUUGCUUCGAGAUGUUGUCUCUGCUCCUGGCUCUAAGUGGCAGCGCAGUGGGACGAGCGCACUUGGCCCAACAGACCGAGUUACUGGCAGAUCUACUGGCGCUACUUCACACGGGCAGCGAGCGAGUGCAGCGACAAGUAAUAUCGCUUCUGCGUCGCAUAAUAAGCGAGAUCCCGCCACAGAGAAUGUUUGCCGCUAUCAAUUACAAGAACGAUCCAAACACCAGGGUAACGCUUCUAGACCACUUAGUAGCCUACCUUGGCAAGGCUAUAACCAUCCAGGUGAAGGUGAAAGGCAUAAGCCAAGGCGGCCCUCAGCCUUCAGCGACCAUGGCUUCCAGUAUCGCCUCCUCUCUCCCGAACACCUGGUUCAUGAGAGGAGAAACUACCAAGAAACACGCUCAACUCGUUGCUAAGCUGCUGUCGGAUAUGGCGGAGGAUAAGUUAUCCCGAGGCUGGGGUCCAGAAACGCGGGCAGCCUUAGCUAACUACGUAGCUCAAGUGGCACAGACUAGCGAGGAGAACCGCCACCCCUCUCGUUGUCUGCCAGCGCCCACCAUGUGGCUGGCCCUAGCUGCGCUCUGUGUUUGCGAGCAGUCCUAUGUUGAUGUAGUCAAUGGCACAGUCGACGGUCGAGAUCCAAAGCGUGAUGCUGUGAUGGAAGCCCGCACUUUCUGUUCGAACCACGACGAUGGCGCCACCAUCGCAGUUGUCGAUUGCAAAACUUGUGGCCCUCUGUGCUCUGAGUGUGAUAGAUUUCUUCAUCUGAAUAGAGCUGCCAGGACACAUCAGCGACAGGUGUGCAAAGAAGAAGAGAGUGCCAUCCGCAUAGAUAUCCACGAGGGCUGCGGACGCGCAAAGCUCUUCUGGCUUCUCCUGUUAGUAGACAGAAGGACUUUGAAGGGAUUGGCAGAGUUCCGUGGGUUUGACGCCGACAUAGAUCCGCUAGAGGGCGCCGCGUCGGGAGGCAGUGGAAUGGCUGGCACUUGCCGGUUCUGCGGCACUAGAGCAACGACGGGAUUGCUAGCCAUUGGGAAUGUAUGUGCGGAUCAGCAGUGUCAGGAGCACGGUCGCGAGGCAUGCAAUCGCAUGUUACCGUGCGGUCACGCGUGCGGCGGAGUGCGGUGCGAGCCGGCGUGCUUGCCGUGCUUGUUCGGCUGCGCGGGGCGAACAUUGCGUCAGGACGCAGACGAUAUGUGCAUGAUCUGCUUCACCGACCCGCUGCAAGCUGCGCCUUCCAUACAGCUUAAAUGCGGUCACGUAUUCCACUUACACUGCUGCAAGAAAGUCCUCGCCAACAAGUGGAUCGGGCCCAGAAUCACCUUCUCUUUCUCCCAGUGUCCCAUUUGCAAGGAGGACAUGGAUCACUGGACCCUAGAAGAUCUCCUGGCGCCGAUCAAACGUCUCUACGACGAAGUGAAACGUAAAGCUCUUAUGCGAUUGGAGUACGAAGGAGUGGCGGCCCCUGCCGGUGGUACGAAGAAACUACCACAAGAUUUAGCAGUGUAUGCCAUGGAGCGUUACGCUUACUAUGUCUGUCACAAAUGUGAAAGGGCCUAUUUUGGCGGUUUGGCUCGAUGCGAGGCGGAAACAAGUGGCCAUUGGGACCCAGGCGAGUUGGUAUGUGGCGGCUGCAGCGACAUCGCCGGAGCUAGGACUUGUCCGAAGCACGGCGCGGACUUCCUCGAGUACAAGUGCCGCUAUUGCUGCUCGGUGGCAGUGUUCUUCUGUUUCGGCACUUCUCAUUUUUGCAAUGCGUGUCACGAUGAUUUUCAGCGCGUAACCAACAUUCCGAAACAUUUACUGCCACAAUGCCCCGCCGGACCUAAAGGCGAACAGUUACCAGGUUCUGCGGACGAAUGUCCACUGCACAUCAUUCACCCGGCCACCGGAGAAGAGUUCGCUCUUGGCUGCGGCGUUUGCCGACACAGCCAGGGCUUCUAAAUAGCACAUCUUAAAAAACUUGAUUACAAUGACAGAAGGACUGUGACUACAAUAUGGGAACGACAAGGAUAGAACGAAAAGUAUUAAUAUGACAGCUGUCAUUCUAAUCAUUAUCAAUUCAAGGAGUAUACCAAAAUAGACAUUGCAGAUCUUAGACAGACUCUUUUAAUAAUAACUAUGGAAUUGUUUUACAGUAAAAGUUAUCAUGUUUUGUUUCCACACUCUUAGUUAUUUGUGCUUGGGAAGUCCUAAUAAUAAUCCGGUCGUUCGGACCCGUGAAUGGGUCAAAGAAAUUUUUUGUUCUUUAUUUUUAAAUUUAUUUUCUUUAUUUUUUUUUUCAAUCUCGAUACGAUGACACGCCGUUUAUCGGGCGAUUUUUUAAUUACAUAAGACAUUGACGGGUCAGAACCUCUGGAUCUGACGGGACUUUAUCGUUUGCUUUUCAAGAUCAGUCGUUUUGGGAUAAUUAUGUACUUAGUUACUUCACAAACUGCCUUAAAGCAUUGCAACAUAGCUUAUAGCACAUCACGCGAAAACGGUUGAAAUCCUAGCGAAAACCCCUCUUUGAAGAAAAGACAGACAAAAGUUUCGCAGUACAGAGAAGUUGCAUAUAAUGUUGAGCUGUAUUGUUCGUGUUAAAGAUUUGCGCGGAUAAUGAAGCCUUUUUUGAGGGAAAAAGGCUUUUGUUAAGGCUGGAAUGAGUUUGGCUAAAACAUGAAGCAUUGAUAGCAUAACCAAUAUCUUUAUAAUAUUGAAGGCCGCAAGGCCUAACUAACAAAUUGGCAAAAUUUUGUGUAGCGAUGUACAUUGUAUACUGGUUAGUAUGAAGCUGAACUGUACUCGGACUUGAGAAUCUGUCCCAAUGACUCAACGAUAAAUAUACAGACAUAUGCAAGGUGUCUGUGUAUCGUAGCGCCAAAAGUUUUAAUGUAUUGCUUUUCUGUAAAUAGUAGUUACAUUCCAAUGUAACCCUUUUGCCGAAUCUACUAAAUGUUUUUUAAGAUUUAGAAACGAACUUUGACUUCUUCUGUUCUGUGUAUGUUACACGAGAGAAGUUUAGCCAUUUGUAUUCGAGGCUAUCGAAUUAGUGUUUACUUAUGUGAUGAAUCGUUUUAAAUCUUAGAAGAAAGAAUAAGUCAAAGUGCGUGCUAGCCAGAACAUGGGCACUUCUCAAUCUUACUGUGAUUGGAAAAUAUUUAGUAUUUUAUCCGGAGUAUGUUAAGUGUUAAAUGUUAUUAUACUUACAUAUGUUAACAGCUGGUAUUCUAGACCUUUUAGCACACUGUGGUUAAACAUCUACGAUAACAUCUUUUAAAUAACAGAAAAUUGGCUUGUGUAUCCGAUCAUAGACAGGUCAUAUUUUAGCUAAAUACCUUCUGUCUUGAAGGUGGCAACUUCGAUUCUGUAGGUAUCUGCCGAAAAUGCACCCAGUGUGUCAUCAACUGAUUUUUGUUAUGUGAGUUUUACACAUCUGGUAGAAAUGAUUUACUAUGUGAAGAUCUUGAAUGGGCAACAACUUGGGCUUUGUGUUUUGCAUUAAUAAUAAUAACAUAUGUACAAGAUGUUUGAAAUCCACACAAUAAAAUAAAUUUACUUCCCUUAUAUAUAAAGGAAAAAAAAAAUACAAAAUAAAAAAAAAAAUACAUAUUAUAUACUUACAUGAAAGUGGGUAAAUGUUUACGAAGGAGGAACGUUAUAAUUCCAAGAUCCAUUCUAGCACGGUAAAAGCAUACCCCGGAAUCCUCACGAAAAUAUGUGUGUCAGAAUCGCGGGUGUACCUCACGAAUUUAAAUAUCUGUUUUGGACUAAAAACGUACCUGAUGUGUACCUCAGUGUACCUAUCCUAAAAAUCUGUGUACCUCCUUCUAUGUAAAGAUUUUUAAAUAAAAUAGGUACACCCGCCAUUCUGACGUCGGGACCGCGGGUGUACUUCUAGUUAGCAUAUGUAGGUAAGUAAACUGUAUAUGUAGAUUUGGUACCUCUUGUGUACCUGCAGAAACAAAUAUUAAGGGUGCUGAGAAAAUUAAAAAAAAAGUUUUUUUUCUUCGACGUCAUUUUUAUUUUAUAAAAAUAACUACAGUAUAAAUAACUAAAAAUAAAUUAUUACUAACAGGUGUCAUUAAUAUAAUUUAUUUUAUGUAAUUAACACUGCAGUUUUUUUUAAGUAAUAAAAACCGGCCAAGUGCGCGUCGGACUCGCGAACGAAGGGUUCCGAACAAUCAUUUUUAGUACCUAUUUGUUGUCAUAGCGGCAACAGAAAUACAUCAUCAACAAUCAUUUGUGAAAAUUUCAGCUAGAGAGCCAUCACGGUUUAUGAGAUACAUCCCGGAGAUAGACGGACAGACAGACAGACAGUGGAGGCUUAGUAAUAGGGUCCCGUUUUACCCUUUGGGUACGGAACCCUAAAAACGACGUCAAAAAGAAAAAACAUUUUUUUUUAUUUUUUCAGCACACUUAAUUUUUUUUUAUUUAUUUAAUAUUUGUUUCUGCAGCUACAAAUGAGGUACCAAAUCUACAUAUAUAGUUUACUUACCUACAUAUGCUAACUAGAAGUACACCCGCGGUCCUGACGUCAGGAUGGCGGAUGUACCUAUUUUAUUUAAAAACUUUUACAUAGAAGGAGGUACACAGAUUUUUAGGAUAGGUACACUGUUUUUAAUCCAAAACAGAUAUUUAAAUCCGUGAGGUACACCCGCGAUUCUGACACACAUACGAAAAUGGUGAGGCAGCAUGCAGCCGGGACCAAAACCAGGAGGAAGAAAAGGAACGAUAAAUCUGUAAUCUGAUCUGUAAAUUUUCAUAAAAUGAAAUAAAUAUCUGCUUAUGAAAGCUAUACUACUAACGAAAACAUCAUGAAUUGGAGGCGUUGUACGUUAACAUUUACUCACUUGUAAUAUACUUAACCUUAGAUUAUAACCAUGAUUAAUCAGUGUUCGUAUCAGUGUUGUUGAAUAAAGUUAACACUAUGGACAUUUUAACUUGUACUCCGCGGAUAGAUAGGCAAGAUAUUUUUGGAUUCGGCAUUGUGGAUUAUCAUCGUUAAAAAGGUGAUACCUAGUCCAGGAUAUCUACCAGUAAUGGUACUUUUAAAUUAGAUGGUAGAAAUUCAGGAAAAGGUCAUAUUAGGAUCAAAAUUUGCUUAAGAGUCAGUACCUCACGCGUGUUUUGGAGGUUAAACUUUACCUGGUAGUUCACAUAGGAGGGAGAUUGACUGCGAAAUUAAGGAAAGUAAGUUAAUUAUUAGUGUUGGUCAAUUGAAAUAAUCCUUUCCGGUGCCAGGGCCUGAGGUGCUUCAGUACUCGCUUGCUCCCUUCGGUUAGCCACGGACGCGCUCUUCGUUGGACUCGCUUUUGAUAACUGCGUACACAUAUCGCGAAGCUGUUGUCUAAAAUCCUAACUUUAACAUUAGAUCUAAGUUAAGUUUAGAGAAGUAGCAUAACACUUCUACAGUACUGAUAGAUAGGCGGGAAAAGAAGAAAAUAGGUUCGGCGGAGUUACGCAUAACCCCAAGAGAAAUGAAUAUCUUUAACAUUCAUUAGGAUUUAAAACACAAGACUUGUGUGGUGUGAAAUUGAAAAGAAUAUACGAGAGACGAGAAAAAAAGAUACGAGAGGCGAGACAUUAUCGAUUGCUGUGCAUCGCGAUGUUUAUACGUAGUUUUCGUUCAUGUUGUUAGGUGUCUAGUGUCAUACGGGUAUUAAGGUACAGAUAAACAUGCUUCAUUAUAGCGUGCUCGCAUUUAUAGCAGAGUACACACCUUACAGUUUGCUGGAAAAAUAUGAUCACGCGUGCUGCUGUCUUUCUGUACCUUCAAAUCUCAUAUUUUCUCGUAGCGUUACGUUUGUGUGAGACAAAAAGACUUUUAAGACGACUAAGGCUUGACUUUUAACUUUAAGCUCACGCACAUGUAGCGCCGGGCGGAAAGAUGAGUUAUUUAAUAUAACAUACUAACAAUUCGUCCGUUUAGCCAUUUGCUGUACCCUGCUUAUCGGUCUCAAGAUCGAUUCCCUCGAUAGUAAUAAUAAAAUUAAUUUGCCUAUUAUUCCACCAGCACAGUUAGCUUUGAUAGGCAGCAUGGAUCUCAUCAGAAGGUUAGGCUCAAUCGCGGUAAUAAUAAUAAAAAGAGUGCCUUGCGCGUCUAAUUGUUCUGGUAGAGUAGUACUCUUUAGCGAAAUAAUGUCUCAGUGUCUACUAACGUAUUUAUCGACAUUAAUUUCAAGGCUUCUUCUUACUAUACUCUUCACAACAGGGACUCUUAAUAUAAGUUAGGUUAUGUCUAAAAUUAAUCGAUGAAUUCUCAACAUCAGGAACGUCUGUCUAAAAUUAUUAUCAUUAAAAAAUACUAACAAACGAAACGAGAUACACACAGAGGAAAUCUUUUAUAUAUGGUAUUUUAGGAAGUAUUUACCGGUCGCUUUAUAUUGAGUUUUAAACACGACGAGUCCACUACUAUACUUAUUGCCUAAACUUCAGGGUUUUCUAUCGAGUUAUUUAAAACAUACCUAUUACUUAAGAG